ACAGUACAGGAGAUGACCAGAGACUGCGGACACAGUACAGGAGAUGACCAGAGACUGCGGACACAGUACAGGAGAUGACCAGAGACUGCGGACAGUACAGGAGAUGACCAGAGACUGCGGACACAGUACAGGAGAUGACCAGAGACUGCGGACAGUACAGGAGAUGACCAGAGACUGCGGACAGUACAGGAGAUGACCAGAGACUGCGGACAGGAGAUGACCAGAGACUGCGGACACAGUACAGG